UAUUACUACUAGUACUAGUAAUCUAUUGUUGUUUGUCACAACAAACAAAACAAAACUCCUUACGUCCAAUUCAAACAACACCCUUCAAAAUUUCCACAGAAAAAGGGGUUAGUUGGAAGGAAACAUAGUUGCUUCCAAAUCAACCACACAACAACACUAAGAAGCCAAGAUGCUAUGUCUUAGAUUCAUUUCUUGAAGUAAAAAAAAUAAAACAUCUUUUUAGAUAACAAAAAACACCCAAAACAAAAAAACAUGGCUUCUUCACAUCCCAACAAUGUUGGAAUUCUUGCUAUGGACAUCUAUUUCCCUCCCACUUGUGUUCAACAGGAAGCUUUGGAGGCUCAUGAUGGUGUGGGCAAAGGGAAAUAUACAAUUGGGCUUGGACAAGAUUGCAUGACAUUUUGUACUGAGGUUGAAGAUGUUAUUUCAAUGAGCAUGACUGUUGUUAGUUCACUUCUUGAAAAAUAUAAUGUUGAUCCAAAGAAAAUCGGUCGCUUGGAAGUAGGAAGUGAAACUGUCAUUGACAAAAGCAAAUCCAUUAAAACCUUCCUGAUGCAAGUUUUCGAGGAUAGUGGUAAUAGUGAUAUUGAAGGCGUUGAUUCAACAAACGCUUGCUAUGGUGGAACGGCAGCUUUGUUCAAUUGUGUGAAUUGGGUAGAGAGUAGCUCAUGGGAUGGACGCUAUGGACUCGUCGUAUGUACAGACAGUGCGGUAUACGCCGAAGGACCUGCUCGUCCUACAGGAGGAGCGGCUGCAAUUGCCAUGCUUAUAGGGCCAGACGCUCCUGUGGCUUUCGAAAGCAAACUUAGAGGAAGUCACAUGUCUCAUGCCUAUGAUUUUUACAAGCCAAAUCUUGCAAGUGAAUACCCAGUUGUUGAUGGAAAACUCUCACAGACCUGUUAUCUUAUGGCACUUGAUUCCUGCUAUCGGGUGUUUUGCGAGAAAUUUAAAAAAUUGGAGAGGAGGGAUUUUUCAAUUUCAGAUUCUGAUUAUUUUGUUUUUCAUUCUCCAUAUAACAAGCUUGUGCAGAAAAGUUUUGGUCGGCUAUACUUCAACGACUUCAUGAGGAAUCCAAGUUUUGUUGAUGAAGUUUCUAGACCAACUCUUGCACCUUAUGCAUCCUUCUCCGACGAAGAGAGCUAUCAAAGUCGUGAUCUUGAAAAGGCAAACCAGCUAGCCGCGAGAGAUACAUAUGAUGCGAAAGUACAGCCGAGCACAUUAAUCCCAAAGCAAAUUGGCAACAUGUACACUGCAUCACUUUAUGCCGCAUUUGCAUCCCUCCUUCACAAUAAGCACGACUCUCUGGUAGGCAAAAGGGUAGUAAUGUUCUCAUAUGGAAGUGGUUUAACAGCUACGAUGUUCUCGUUCCGAAUUCGAGAAAGUCAACAUCCGUUUACUUUGUCAAACAUUGUGUCGGUGAUGAAUGUAUCCGACAAGUUGAAGCAGAGAGUUGAGUUUCCUCCCGAAAAAUUUGUCGAAAACACGAAAAUCAUGGAGCACCAUUACGGAGCAAAGGACUUUGUGACCGGCGAAGAUUGCAAAUACUUACUUCCGGGCACCUUCUAUCUCACCAAAGUUGACUCCUUGUAUAGGAGAUUUUACUCCAAGAAGGAUGCUGCGGCGCAAACGUGACGGUUUGAUAAAAGAUGAUGGUUGAUAUCUUCAAAUUUGAAAAGUAUUUUUUUGUUGUGGUCCACCUUCUCCUGUAUUUGAUGCCUUACGGUUAUUUAUUCAACUUAAUGUUUAUAAGCUUUUGUUUAUGUCAAGUAUGUGUAAGAAAUUUCACUUUGAUUAGAAAAGUGAACGCUGGAUAAUAAUAUAUAAGUGAUAGAAUCUAUAUAUUUGAGGAUGACAAUGUGUAUCUAUGAGUAUUUAGUGGAUUUUUAAGUAUUUACGGGUAUUAACGGAUA